AUGGCAUAUCAUCACAAGUCUGGGUAUCAAAAAGCUAAAGACCGUGAAGAUAAAAAGAAACGUGAGGAAGCGGUCAUUUCAAAAACUGUUAAAAUAACUGAGCUUUUUCCUACGAUUAGUGUCAAUGUCAAUAGAGAAGACCCACCAUCGAAUUCACCUUUGCCAUGUGUUGGUCAGUGUGGUUUGCCUGGUCAAUUUGGUCAUGAAUUUGAACGUGAUAACAGUGUUGCAGCUGUAUGCACUCAAUCUAUCUCUCACUCUGAAUCUGAUGAUAUGGAAGACGCGGAGACACUUUCUCAGAAACCAGAAGCACAAGCUGGUUCCAAAGGUGAUGACAAUUCCUUUUCCACUGACAUUGGGCAAUGGUCUGAAGUGGAAAUCAAUGAUACAUUCUGUAACUUUUGGGUAACUCGUGGCAGUGAAUGUUGUCAACAUUCAAAUACUGACUUCACUAGUUCAAUGCAAAUUGAUGGAAAACAGAAGCGCUACUGCUCACAGAAUCUCUUUUAUCGUGUUCAUUCUCGCAAUGGUGAGAAAGUCCCAAGGUCAUGGUUGUGUUAUUCACCAGCAACAUCUCGCAUUUACUGCUUUGUAUGUAAAUUAUUUUCUGCUGAUGAUAAUUCAUUCUCAAGGAAUGGUUUUUGUGAUUGGAAAAAUGCAGCUUCACGAAUACAGUCACAUGAAAACAGCAUUGCACAUAGAAAUGCAACAAUCACAUUCAGCCAAAGAGUACAAGUCAGAGGAUGUGUAGAUUCAGCAAUAGUUGAGCAAUACAGACAGGAAUGUGCAUAUGCAAAAUCUGUGCUAGAAAGAGUUGUCUCAGUUAUCAAAUUCCUUGCUGAAAGAGGGCUCGCAUUUAGAGGACAUACUGAAAUAUUGGGGUCAAGUUCUAAUGGCAAUUUUUUGGGAAUUUUGGAGUUGAUUGCUCAGUUUGAUCCAUUCCUCUCCAGUCAUAUUGACAACCAUGGUGGUAAGGGGAAAGGCUCUGUUUCAUACCUGUCAUCAACAAUUUGUGAUGAGUUAAUUGAUGUCAUGGGAAAGCAAGUUAUGAAAACAAUAUUGUCUGAAAUACGUGGAGCAAAAUUUUAUUCGAUUUCUGUUGACUUUACUCCAGACAUAUCUCAUGUUGAUAGGCUGUCAUGUGUCUUUCGAUAUGUUUUGAACAAUGGCCCUAUAGAAAGGUUUGUGCAAUUUUUAAGCAUGAAAGGACAUGGGGCAGAAGAUUUGUUGGAUAUAAAAUAUUGCCGAGGUCAGUCCUACGAUAAUGCUAGCAAUAUGGCAGGAAAAUAUUCAGGGUUACAGGCACGCAUUCGAGAGAAGAACCCAUUGGCUGAAUAUGUGCCAUGUUUUGCACACUCCCUUAAUUUAGUCGGUGCAUCAGCUGUAAACUGCGUGACAACAGUGAGUGGAUUUUUUGAUUUUGUACAAAACUUGUAUGUCUUUUCAAAUGCAUCAACCCAACGGUGGGAGCUUCUAACUAAAGGAUUGAACAGUAACCAGUUAGUUCUAAAAAUGUUAAGACAGUAUCGCUUUCAUAAGACCAGUUUAAAACUGCAAAGUCCACAACUUGAUCUAAAUGAGGCUGUUCAACUGUUAACUUCACUAAAAGAAUAUGUAAAUUCACUUCGAGCACAGUUUGAUUUCUUUGAGAAGAAAGGAAAGGAAAUAACAGGGUCAACUUUUUAUAAAGAAGAGAAUCAGAGGAAACGAAAGCGAAGUGUUCAAUUAACCCGUCAUGAUGGAUCAGCUGAUGAAACAGUGUUUUCGGCACAGCAGAAAUUUCGAGUCAUGGUUUUCUUGCCAGUACUUGAUCACUUGAAUUCAGCAUUAUGUAAACGAUCAGAGGCAUACAGUGGUGUAUAUGAUAAGUUUGGUUUUCUGAGAAACAUUCGAUCACUGGAACAGUCUGAUUUGCGAAGAGCCAGUAGAAAAUUGAUAGAUACUUAUGUAGAUGAUUUGGAAGAGUCAUUUGAAGAUGAAAUACUUCACUUCAAAGAAUAUUUGUUAGCUGAUACGUACUUGCAACAGAAUGAGAAAGAACUGAAAUGUAGCAUAGAGCUGUAUAUGUAUCGGGUUUUGAGAAACAGCAGUGCACUACAAGAUAUAUUUCCAAAUGUUACCACAGCACUUCACAUAUACCUCAGUUUAAUGAUCACCAACUGCAGUGAUGAAAGAUCAUUCUCUGCAUUGAAACGGAUAAAAAACUAUCUGCGAAGUGCUUUGGGUGAUGACAAACUGAAUUCCCUUACUGUUAUGUGUAAUCUGACAUCCUAA